CCUUACUGGUGUGUCAGCUGACCUUACUGGUGUGUCAGCUGACCUUACUGGUGUGUCAGCUGACCUUAAUGGUGUGCCAGCUGACCUUACUAGUGUGUCAGCUGACACACCAUGACCUCCUGACUUUUACCCUCCUCCACUGUCAGCAACACUGAUGUUAUUGUACAACUUCCGGCUAUACCUUCAACCCGCCCCUUCAGUGUAUAUCCCUGGUUACCCUUCAACCCUGCUUCUCCAGUGUGUAUCCCUGGUUACCCUUCAACCCUGCUUCUCCAGUGUGUAUCCCUGGUUACCCUUCAACCCUGCUUCUCCAUACAUUGAUAAACCAGUGUGGGGAAAACAACCGAUGUGGUAGAAGCGCCAAAAAACAAAAAUUCAUUGACCUACAACGAAAACCAAACUAGAAGAUGCAUCAUUAUAAAGACGCAUUUAUUGACCUCAUGGGCGGAUCUAUGGGUGGCGUAGCUGCCGUUUACGUUGGCCAGCCGCUGGACACUGUCAAAGUGAAGAUGCAAACAUUUCCUGACCUCUACAAGAGGAUGACUGGUUGCUUCAUGCAGACGCUCCGGCGGGAUGGUAUCCGAGGUCUCUAUGCUGGCACUGUUCCAGCACUUGCGGCAAAUAUUGCAGAGAAUUCUGUCCUCUUUGCAGCUUAUGGCGUGUGUCAAAAGGGUGUGGCGUAUGCUCUUGGCACACAAAGAGUUGAAGAUCUGUCGAGCUUCAGCAAUGCGACAGCGGGAUUUCUUGCAGCGUUCUUCUCAUCCCUUACCUUAUGUCCAACUGAAUUAGUCAAGUGUCGACUGCAAGCCAUGAGAGAGGUUGAUCUCAAGAGUAAUAAGGAUCCAACACGUAUUGGACCUUGGAAGCUAACCAGACACAUCUUGAGAGCAGAAGGGGUUCCAGGGCUGUUCAGAGGUUUGACCUCUACAUUUGCAAGAGAAAUGCCAGGAUAUUUCUUCUUCUUUGGAGGGUACGAGGCAAGUAGAUCGCUCCUGACUCCAGCCGGAAAAACGAAAGACGAAAUUGGUCCCUUGAGGACUAUGUUAUGUGGUGGGUUUGCUGGUGUCGUCCUGUGGGUGGCCAUCUUCCCAGCAGAUGUGGUCAAGUCACGCAUCCAGGUGGCAGGCUCGACGGACCCCAUGUCCAAGGUGCUACUUGGAAUCUUUAGAAAUGAAGGCAAGACAGUCAUUCCUCAAUGUUAUCCACUAAUAAGGGGAUUCUCUGAGCGUCUUGAAUCAUAUUGUUAAAAUACCCAAAGAAGUACUAACAUACUUUACUGUAUACCUAAUACAGUGGACCCCCGCUUUACAAUCAGCUCCCAAUGCGACCAAUUAUGUAAGUGUAUUAUGUAAGUGCGUUUGUACGUGUAUGUUUGGGGUCUGAAAUGGACUAAUCUAAUUCACAAGAUUCCUCAUGGGAACAAAUUCGUUCAGUAAUGGCACCUGAACAUACUUCUGGAAUGAAAUAAUAUCAUAAACCAGGGGUCCACUGUAUAGUACUCUACACAAUUUACAUUUGUUAACAACUCAGCGGCUGUCUCCCGCCAAGGCAGAGUGAUCUGAAAAAGAAAACACAUUCACCAUCAUUUAUUCAAUCCCCAUCUUUCCAAAAGUGUGCUGAAAUUAGAGUUCAGAUGACCCUCAGACUGUAGCAUACCCCCUUUCCUUCAGAUUGCAGGCACUGCCCUUCCCACCUCCAGGACUCAAGCCUGGUUAACCAAUUUCCUUUAAUCCUUCAUAAAAGUUACCUUGCUCACUCUCCAACAGUACAUCCAUUAUAAAGCACAGAGCCCCAUUCUUAUACCGCAAUAAACACUGAAAAUAAACAUUACAUUUAAUAUAUUUCUCCAUGGGGAAGUGGAGAAGAACUCGUCCUCUGUAAGCCAUGCAUGUCAUAAGAGGUGACUAAAAUGCUGGGAACAAGGGGCUAGUAACCCCUUCUCCAGUAUAAAUUAUUAACUGUUAAGAGAAAACUUUAAUUUUUCUGUUUAGGUCACCCUGCCUCAGUGAGAUACAGCUGGUGCAUUGAAAAAAGUUAAUGUAUACUCUGGUCGACCUUCAGAAAACUGUUACAGUGAUCAAAGCUUGUGAAUACAGAAGUGCGUAGGUUUGUAGUGACGACUGUGAAUAAUUAAAAGUACGUACCUUGGUCAUUCCUGGAACAUUAUCAAGUCACUGCUCAAUACUUAUACAGAAUGAGCCAAAACUUGUGAAAGGUUCUUGAUCCAAGUAACUGAAGCAACUACCUGCCUGGUAGACAGAGCUCUUGCUUCAAACACUGAAGUCUGGGUUCAACUCCUGUCAAGGGUGGAAACAUUGGGUGUGUUUCCUUACACUGGCUGUCCAUGUUCACUCAUCAGUAAAAUAGGUACCUGGGUGUUAGUCGACUGGCGUGGAUUGCAUCCUGGGAACAAAAUUAACCUAAUUUGCGGGAAAUGCUCAGCAUAACAAGCAGCUUUCUAUAUAGUAGUAUGUCAUUAACGUCAGCUAUGGUCUGUAUACUUUGUACAUGUACUGGUAGUAAAUAAAGAUAUUAUUAUUAAUAUUGGCUCAAACCUGAUUACCUCCCAUUCCCUAGGUGAUGUUUCCUCAUGAAUACUCAAUAAUAAUAAUAAUAAUAAUAAUACAGUGGACCCCCGGUAUUCGAUAUUAAUCCGUUCCUGAGAGCUCAUCGAAUACCGAUAAUAUCGAGAAUCGAAUCAAUUUUCCUCAUAAGAAAUAAUGGAAAUCAAAUUAAUCCGUGCAAGACACCCAAAAGUAUGAAAAAAAAAAUUUUACUACAUGAAAUAUUAAGUUUAAUGCAAUAGAAUAAUUACAAUAACAAUAAAAUAAUUGACACUUAUCUUUAAUGAAGAUCUGGUGAUGAUUGAUGGGAUGGAAGGUGGGGAGAGGUGUUAGUGUUUAGAAGGGGAAUCCCUUCCAUUAGGACUUGAGGUAGCAAGUCCUUUUCCGGGGUUACUUCCCUUCUUCUUUUAAUGCCACUAGGACCAGCUUGAGAGUCAUUGGACCUCUGUCGCACAACAAAUCUGUCCAUAGAGACCUGUACCUCCCGUUCCUUUACGAUUUGUCUAAAAUGGGCCACAACAUUGUCAUUGCAAUAGCUGUGUUAGGGUGAUUUCUAUCCAUAAAUGUUUGCAGUUCAACCCACUGUGCACACAUUUCCUUAAUUUUUGAAGAAGGCACAAUGGAUUCCACAACUGGCAUAGGCUUCUCAGGGUUAGCCCCAAACCCUUCAAAAUCUUUCUUAAUUUCCAUACUAAUUCUCACCCUUUUUACCACAGGGUUGGCACUAGAAGUUUUCUUGAGGCCCAUGGUGACUUAUUUUGCAGAAACAAGCACCGAAAACAGUGAUAAUAUGGAAUGUACCAAAUGUAUCCUUAGAUGCGUGCACACUGGCUGGGUUGUAAACACUAGCACACACGGGGCAGUUCAGGCCACACGUGGACAGGUCUCGUACGAAUCAUAUCGAAUACCGGGUUUUCAAUUGAAUACCGAGGAAAUUUUUUUGCGAUAUAAUGCAUCGAAUACCGGAUUUAUCGAAUACCAAUGCCAUCGAAUACCGGGGGUCCACUGUAAUAAUAAUAAUAAUAAUAAUAAUAAUAAUAAUAAUAAUAAUAAUCCUCCAUGGGGAAGUGGAACAGAAUUCUUCCUCCGUAAGCCAUGCGUGUUGUAAGAGGCGACUAAAAUGCCAGGAGCAAGGGGCUAGUAACCUCUUCUCCUGUAUAUCUUACUAAAUGUAAAAGGAGAAACGUUCGUUUUUCCUUUUGGGCCACCCUGCCUUGGUGGGAUACGGCCAGUGUGUUGAAAGAAAGAAAGAAUAAUAAUAAUAAUAAUAAUAUUAAUAAUAAUAAUGAAAGAAAGUAUUAGUGAUAGAACAAUUUCUUGUAGUAAUGUGGUUUUGAACACAA